AUGACUACGUUGCGGGAGUACCAGAUGCAGGAGAGGCAGCUUCGUAGCACGCUGGAGAUGACGAAGAAGUUCGUUGAUGGCUUCAAGGAUGGCGAAGACGAAGCCCAGAUCGACGUGCGGUUGAACAUGCUGGAUGAUGGCGAAGAGAAAACACCAGAUGUAGAGGAGCAUACUAAGGCGAUAUGGGAGUUCGAGAACUUGUACUGUGAGUUGAAGGCGAAGUUGCUGGCAAAGCGGAAGGAGGAAGCACCCACGCAAGCGGCACCUGCUCAGGCGAAAUCGACUGUUUCGCGCGUGAAGCUGCCCGAAAUCAAGCUGCCGUCGUUUGGAGGAAACAUCACCGAGUGGAUAACUUUUCGGGAUUCCUUCAAGUCGCUGAUCCAUAACAGUGAAAACCUUUCAGAUUUCGAUAAGUUUACUUAUCUUCAGUCUUCACUGUUUGGAGAAGCACUUGCUGAGAUCAGCACAGUGCGCGUGUCGGAUACAAACUACCAGGUGGCGUGGGGCGUACUGGAGAAUCGCUACGGGAACAUGAAGCUGAUCCUGAAGAGCCAUCUCGACGCCAUCUUUGCUGUUGAGCCCGUACGAGACGAGUGCUUUGAAGCGUUGAACCAUCUGCUGAGCGUGGUGGACAAGAACCUGCAGAUGAUCAACAAGCUCGGGGUGAAGACUGAGGAUUGGUCCAUCCUGCUCGCUCACGUUGUCACUAGCAAGCUGGACGCCGCAACAUUGCGCCACUGGGAGGAACACAACAAGAAGUCCAAGGAGUUCGUGAAGUACGAGACGCUGCUGGAGUUUCUGCGGGAACAGUGCGGAGUGCUGCAGACGAUCGAUUCCAUGAAGAAAGCUACGAGGAACGAGCGUCGCCCGCCGAACCUGGUCACGUCGUGGAAAAGUGUACGCGAGGAUUCUGUUCGAUGUGCAAGCGGAAACAUCACACGCUUCUUCACGAGAACUUUGGCCAAAGGUCGAACGCUGCCGCUGCAGGCCCGAACGCGUCGCGACCUCAUUCAGGAACACACCAUCCACACACUACCCACAACAGAAGACACAAAGCCAAACCCGUCACACACCCACUCAAUCUACACAAACCCUACACAGACACCAGUCUCGCAAAGCUCACAACCACAAAGCUCACAGCUCGCCACAGGCCACACAGCAGCGUGCAACCUGUCGUCGUCCCUUGUUCCAAGUCGUACGGAGGAGGUUCGAGAAGUGUUGCUGUCCACGGCUGUUGUACGGAUUUGCGAUUCGCGAGGUCACACCCUGUUCGCUCGAGCACUUCUUGACAGUGGCUCCCAGCGAAACCUGAUGACCAAGGAGUUCGCGCGCAAGCUGAAAUGCAGGCCGCAGUCCGACUACCUGCGGGUGAAAGGAAUCGGCGUUGCAGAAUCCACUUCCACCUUUGCGGUGACCGCUACCGUUUGCGCUCGUUCUUCGAUGAUUUCGGAGUUCGCAGCAUCGAUGAGGUUCCAUGUUUUGGCGAAGGUCACGGCGAAUCUGCCGUUCAACAACAUCGAUGCCGAGCAGCUGAGCAUUCCAGAGGACGUGAAGCUGGCGGAUCCGCACUACUACCGUCCUGGACCUGUGGACAUGAUCAUUGGAGCAGAGCAUUACUAUGACCUGUUGUCCGAUGGCAAGAUGAAGCUUGGAGAAGCGAACCCGACGAUCCAGAACACCGAGCUCGGUUGGGUGGUGUCUGGCGUUGUCAACGGAGUAGCGGCGAAGCUACCACGAGUCGUAGCGAACAAGAACUCAGCAGAAGCAGAAGCGUUGGCGGAGAUUAACGAUUUGCUGGCCAAGUUCUGGGAGUUGGAGUCGUGCCAGACGCCGAGUACACAUUCGCUCGAGGAGAGCGCCUGCGAGGACCUGUUCAGGACGAACACCGUGCGCGACGAGACUGGUCGGUUCGUCGUCAGACUGCCGAAGAAGCAGACGAUCCUGCAGAGUCUAGGCGAGUCGAGGUCGAUCGCGAUGAAGCGGUUCUACGGGCUGGAAAGGCGGCUCACCGCUAAUCCAGAACUGAUGAAGCAGUAUUCUGACUUCAUUCACGAGUACCUGGAGAUGAGACACAUGGAGGAGGUGAAAGAAGACACGGAGGAGAAGCAAGUGUACUAUUUACCUCACCAUGCUGUGCUGAGACCAGACAGUACGACCACCAAACUGAGAGUAGUCUUCGACGCCUCAUGUGCUACUUCGUCUGGGGUCUCGCUGAACGAUGCUUUGAUGGUAGGACCGGUGGUCCAGGAUGAUUUGCUGACCAUCAUUCUUCGCUUUCGUUAG